AUGAAUGAGAAUGUGGCAGCCUCUAUGUCGGAUAUCUCCGCAGAGCCCUCUAUCACAUCACUGGAGGGUAUGAACGAUGUGCGGCCUCAGGCGAGCAGAGUUGGAUCUACUGCGUCUUAUGACAGCUCUCAGAGGCACCGACGACGAAACCCUAGAGCAAGGCGUCCGGUGAAGGAAACACUGGACGCCCGCUCCUCGUAUUAUACGAGUCAAGAUGACGGUACUGCAGAACAUCGAAUCAACCAGUAUGUGAUCAAGCAGGAGAUAGGACGUGGUUCGUUUGGGGCUGUCCAUUUGGCUGCAGAUCAGUUUGGAAAUGAAUAUGCUGUCAAGGAAUUCUCUAAGUCUAGACUGAGGAAACGUGCGCAGUCGCAUCUGUUGCGAAGACCGCGAGGCCCGAUUCGACCAGGAAAGGAUUUCAACUCGCCAUUACAUCGGCAUCCUUCUGGCGACGAUAGUGAGACCGCAAAGAACCCUCUAUAUUUGAUCAAAGAGGAAAUUGCAAUCAUGAAGAAACUGAACCAUAACAAUCUGGUGUCGUUGAUCGAGGUCUUGGACGAUCCGUCAGAGGACUCGUUGUACAUGGUGAUGGAAAUGUGCAAGAAAGGUGUUGUCAUGAAGGUCGGACUGGAAGAGAGAGCAGAUCCGUAUGAUGACGAGCAAUGUCGAUGUUGGUUCCGUGAUCUGAUAUUGGGAAUCGAGUACCUGCAUUCGCAGGGUAUUGUUCAUCGAGACAUAAAACCCGACAACUGUCUGGUGACCAACGACGACAUACUUAAAGUGGUCGACUUUGGUGUAUCGGAGAUGUUUGAAAAAGAUUCAGACAUGUUCACUGCCAAGUCAGCUGGGUCGCCAGCAUUUCUCCCCCCAGAGCUGUGCGUGGUCAAACAUGGCGACGUAUCCGGAAAGGCGACAGACAUCUGGUCCAUGGGGGUAACUCUAUAUUGUCUACGAUAUGGAAAGCUGCCUUUUGAGAAGCAGAGCAUUUUCGAGCUGUAUGAUAGUAUCAGGGGAGAUCCCCUGGUCUACGAAGACGAGUCAGAUGAAUCCUUCAAAGAUCUGAUAGGAAGGAUUCUCGAGAAAGAUCCAGAAAAGCGGAUCGACAUGUUUGGUUUACGAGAACACCCUUGGGUAACGAAGAAUGGAACCGAUCCUUUGCUGUCAUUUGAGGAAAAUACCUCGCAGCUCAUUGAACUUCCGACAGAGGAGGAGAUGAACUCAGCCAUUACAACAAACAUGGGACACCUCAUGACCGUGAUGAAAGCCGUCAAGAAAUUCAAGCGACUAACAGAUCCCACCAAACCACAAUCCCCCAUACAAAGUAUGUUCGGCAAGAGCAUUCUUGGCGGAGACAACGAUGCCUACUUCGUCGAGCCACCAAUGGAAAUGGACCCAGACGAACCCUUCCCGGCAGUAGGAGCGGCUCCACAAACACAUGACGCCCACGGCAUGGGUGCAGACACGCGCAAGGUCAUGGGCCGGCGUCCUUUUGCCGGAUUCCGAGACAAUUCUGGAGGUUUCGGGUCUAGCGAUUCAGCCAGUUUUUCAUCCCGGCCCGAGUACAGCCCGAGCAGCAGCAAACGGCCCAGUGGUGUGUUCGAGCCCGAGCGAAAAGACUCCGGCUCCAUCCGCAACGGGGAGUUCCCGGCUCAGCCGGAUAUUGGCAACGAAGCUCAAUCUCACUCUCAGUGGGCAUCGCCCCAUAUCCCCCUCUCACGAGCAAGUUCGGGUACUAAGCGCAGCCUGGAGGGGACCAGGGGGCAUGCUCGUGAUCCGCUGGAAGAGGAGUUUCCCUACCUCUUCAUUGGACCAUCUACAUAUAACGGCUCCUCGCACCAGGAACCUGAUAUGAAAAUUAGUGACGAGCCCGCGUCUAUUUUCCAAGAGCCCGAACAUUCAAUGGAUCAGUCUGACCAGAUGGAGGACGAUGAGCCGGUACAGUUUGUCAGUGAAUCGCCCGGCGCUGCGGAUUUCAAUAUCUAUGAAACGGCGUACAGAAAAGAAUUAGAGCGCAUAAAGUACAGCCUGAAUAACCGCGAUACCGGUCCCAAGGUGUACCUGACCCGCUUGAUUGAGAAAAACAGCGCCGAGGUGAUGAAAUUGGCCAAAGAGAAGGAGCUGAAUCUUCAGAUUGGGGAUCAGGUCACUCUUGCUUCUAUAUCAAGAGCACCAUCAGGCUUCGGGUCUGUGGUUAGCGCGAUGCGCUCGCAGAUGCUGCAGAAAAGGCAGGCUGAGGGACUUGGGGAACACGGUAGUGAUGGUGAUGGUGGUCACGCAAGUAAAGAUAAAGAUUAUUCGCAAAGCCACAACCCUCACCCUCAUCCUCCCAAGCGUCUCUCGGUUUCGUCCCAAUCUAUACCCGAGCCUGAACCGUCCUCCCUAGAGGCGACUGGUGUGUCGUCUACGGAGAGGAGCGGUGAUUCCAAGGCACAGCUCCAGCGGAUUCUUGCUCGAGUUCGUGGGAAAUCUGGUAAUGCGGAGUGA